AUGACGGCCAAACCUUUGGGACCCCUCUCUGGAGGCAGCAACGAGAACACCAGAACUGUUCUUAGAGUCACGAUCUUGUCUCUGAUCGCUGCUGCUGCUGUUGCGAGUCGUCUCUUCUCCGUCAUUCGCUUCGAGAGCAUCAUCCACGAAUUCGAUCCUUGGUUCAACUUUCGAGCUACCAAGUAUCUCGUUGCCAAUGGAUUCUACAAGUUCUGGGACUGGUUUGAUGAUCGCACUUGGCAUCCUCUCGGUCGGGUUACUGGAGGAACUCUGUACCCUGGCCUGAUGGUGACCAGCGGCGCUAUUUACCACGCGCUUCGAGCUCUUACGGUGCCCGUCGAUAUCCGCAACAUUUGCGUCCUUCUCGCGCCUGCUUUCUCCGGCCUUACCGCCUACGCCGCCUAUCUCCUCACCAAUGAGAUGACCACCUCCCCGUCGGCCGGUCUGCUUGCGGCUAUUUUCAUGGGUAUCGCGCCUGGUUAUAUCUCUCGAUCAGUUGCCGGCAGCUACGAUAACGAGGCCAUCGCCAUUUUCCUUCUUGUCUUUACCUUCUUCCUGUGGAUCAAGGCACUGAAGCUGGGCUCCAUGCUUUGGGGUGCUCUCUGCGCCCUGUUCUACGGUUACAUGGUUGCCUCGUGGGGUGGCUACGCCUUCAUCACCAACAUGCUGCCCCUGCAUGCCUUGACCUUGAUCCUCAUGGGUAGAUACAGCGCCCGCCUUUACGUCAGUUACACCACCUGGUACGCUCUUGGAACUUUGGCCAGCAUGCAGAUCCCCUUCGUUGGUUUCUUGCCCGUCAAGACUAGUGAGCAUAUGCCUGCUCUGGGUGUCUUCGGCUUCCUGCAGCUUGUGGCCUUCAUUGAUUAUGUCCGAGGCGCUAUCCCCAGUCGCCAGUUCCAGACCUUCGUCUACACGUUCCUUGCUGCAACUUUCGGCGUUGCCCUUGCUGGCUUGGUAGCUCUGACCUCUUUCGGUUACAUUGCCCCUUGGGGUGGCCGUUUCUAUUCCCUUUGGGAUACCGGAUACGCCAAGAUCCACAUACCCAUCAUCGCUUCCGUCUCUGAGCACCAGCCUACCGCCUGGCCUGCUUUCUUCUUCGACCUCAAUAUGCUGGUCUGGCUCUUCCCCGCUGGAGUUUACCUUUGCUUCCAGAACCUGAGGGAUGAACAUGUUUUCAUUGUCGUCUAUGCUCUUUUCGGUACAUACUUCGCCGGUGUCAUGGUGCGCUUGAUGCUCACUCUGACCCCCGUUGUUUGUGUUGCGGCGGCUAUCGCGGCUUCUCAGAUUCUCGACACCUACUUGGUCGCCAAGUCUCCCAAUCCCGAGGACUACAAGCCUGAGGACGCCAUUGAAGGGACUCCCAAGAAGACAGGAAAGGGCGGACUCAAGUCAACUAGCAAGCCCGUCAUUGGCAUCUACACCUUCCUUUCUAAGGCGGUUGUUGUCGGCGGCAUGUCUGUCUUCCUUCUUCUCUUUGUGCUUCACUGCACCUGGGUCACUUCCAACGCAUACUCCUCCCCCUCUGUUGUCCUUGCCAGCAGAUUGCCCGACGGCAGUCAGCACAUCAUCGACGACUAUCGUGAGGCCUACCAGUGGCUGCGCCAGAACACAAAGGAGGACGCCAAGAUCAUGUCCUGGUGGGACUACGGCUACCAGAUCGGUGGCAUGGCUGACCGUCCUACUCUCGUCGACAACAACACCUGGAACAACACGCAUAUUGCGACUGUCGGCAAGGCGAUGAGUUCUCGAGAGGAGGUCAGCUACCCCAUCAUGCGUCAACAUGAGGUUGACUACGUCUUGGUGGUGUUUGGUGGUCUGCUGGGCUACUCCGGAGACGACAUCAACAAGUUCUUGUGGAUGGUUCGAAUUGCCGAGGGCAUCUGGCCUGAGGAGGUCCAGGAGCGCAAGUUCUUCACCCCUCGUGGCGAGUACAGAGUUGAUGACCAGGCGACCGAAACCAUGAAGAACAGCUUGAUGUACAAGAUGUCAUACUACAACUACAACUCGCUCUUCCCCGCCGGUCAGGCCCAGGAUCGUGUCCGUGGCGUCCGUCUUCCCGACGUCGGCCCUACGCUGGACACUGUCGAGGAGGCCUUCACUAGUGAGAACUGGAUCAUCCGCAUCUACAAGGUCAAGGACCUUGACAACAUUGGCCGCGACCACACGGCCGCUUCUGCUUUCGAGAGGGGUCAGAAGAAGAAGAAGCCGACAAAGAAGCGUGGCCCCAGAAUUCUCAGAGUUGAUUAA